AACGGCGUUUUGGGAUCUAUGGAUCAAGCUGACUCGAAGAGACUCGACAUCGAGACGCUGCGUUGCAUCAGGAUUUUUUCUCUUGAAGAGCUGAGCUGGUCGAGGACAAGCUGUUCGAGAUGUUCCUCAAACUGACCGACGUCGGCGUGAAGAAGAGCCUGGACAGCCUGAGGGAGAAGCCCGAGAAGAAGCGCUAUUAUAAAUUCUACAGCGCUAUUAUAAAUUUAGCCGCUGUAUCAUGAGCGAGGAGACAUCCACAACGCCUAAUAUAAAUCAACAAUAUUAUAGCAUAAGUAUAAAUGUCGCAAUAAAUGAUACGAGCCCGUAUUGCGACACGAAGUCAUGUACGAUUCCUCAUUGAAUUUCCCGCGAGAGUACAGCCUCUUCGAACGACAGUCGUAUCUCCGGAUGACACCGUUCCCCGCUGCUCGAAAUAAAGCGGAGCUUUUACGCGGCGGGACGCUUCGGAUAUUUUCGAAUAAAGUCUGGCACGAGAAUCAUACGAGCGGCGCAGUUAAGUCGAAACUGGUCGAGGGAGUGAAUGCGCCGAACCACUUCAGUCAUCGACGAGCUUAUCGAACAAUGCCGAGUUCGUCGUCACGCUGCCUGGAAGUGUUCCGCCGGAAGUCCCAUGAAUCCGGUCCACCAAGUGCAUUCUGUGGCGACUGCCUCCUCUCCGUCGGAGCAUCGAUAGAUAUAAUUGACCAGCUGUCUCGGCUCUGUACUUGUGUCUGCGACGUUCAUUUCGUCGAUCAGGGCAGGUGAUCGAUAGGAAUCGCCAUGAACCUUCGUGUAUUCAGGAUUUGAAGAGGAAGAAAAUAGUGAUGUGAUGGCAAAUAUUUACAGCCAGAUGGAAUGAAGUGUGCUGACGGAGGACUGAGCAAACUAAAGAUGAUUUGAAAAAUGUCGUCGCGCCCGCUGCAGGGAUGCUUGUUUGUUUUUAAUGUUUGCAGUUCUGUAUGGGAGUUUUCAGUUCUAUCCAGUUCACCAAAGGAGCUUGCAGGAGAACAUCGGACUCUGGCCGAUCAGACACCCGUCGAUAAGUGGAUACCCCGUGGGCUGAUAGAGGACACCUCCUACUUCAGAUCUCUCGCAGACUUUUUCCUUCUGCAGUAAUGCUCGCGCGCAGAGUACAAUGAGACAAGCUCGCGGCGACUCGUGGCGCGAGCUAUACAUCAGAGGAGCGGCGAUCCCGUUGGCUGAAUAAUUCAUGCGACGCAGAGACAGCACCAGCUGCAGCACGUGGUCUCUUUGUGCGAAGCGCAAAGUAUGCGAAGUGCGCGUGCCGCUGACAGCUUCCCACUGCUGCUCCCGUCCAACUUCACGGCUGCGAGAAAUUGCAAUACGAUCGCUCUCCGCCGGGGCUGUGCUGCCGGAGAAGAGGACGUUUUGUUUUCCGCGAAGCUGCUUCUGCUGGAAAUUAUUCUUACGAGCGAGCAUGGGAUUUCCAAGAAGCUCGUAUACGUCGUCGAUUCUUCUCUGCGACUUUGGCAAUAACGUCCUCGGAGAAGGAGCUUGAAUGGUAAAUGCGGCCGAGAGGUGCUGACUAGACGUCUCUUCGAAACUAAACUCGACGAAGGUCUGGAGCGAGAAUCACCCGAGCGGCUCACCAAAGUCGAAACUGGUUGAGGUUGUGCAUGCGCCGAACCACUUUGGAGCCAUCGGCACGCCAUCGAACAAUGCUGAGUUCGUCGAGUCCCUUCGAAGUGUACACCGCAGAAGUCCCGCAUGAAUUUGGUCUAUACAAGUACAUUCUGCGGUUUAACCCCUCUACUGUCUGAGCAUCGAUGAAUAUAAUUGGCAAGCUUUCUCGUACAGCCAUUUCGAGAAUUCCGGUAUAACAAAGCUUUCGGAGGAUAACCUUACGAUCACAGCCCAAGAAGACGUUCAUUAUCAAAGCCUGCAAGCUCGAGAGCUUCGAUCCAGCUACAACAAUAGCAGAAAGAGCAACAGCAGCAGAGCAAACAGAACUUGCAGGCGGGAGAAUGCAAUGCAUUACAUCAUCUCGUUUGGGCGCCGCCGCGGCUCUCACGUGCCUGCAACUUUCGUCGCCUGAAUUAAUGAGGAAAGUGCCAAACGCAGGCGCCGUAGCCUCCGUCACUCCGCAGCAGCUUCUACGCCGUCCGCGUGAACCCCUCGAGCUUCUGUGCGCUAUACCGGACACCUCGAAGCAGCAGCAGCAGCAGCAACACCAACAGAUACAGCUGCACGAGGAUAAGCCUGCCUCUACGGCCGAAGAAACGACGCCGGGGGUAGAAGGGCGCAAAGGAGCCGCUGGAAAAAGCUGGGCCGUGACGAUCGGCGUGUUCCUUCUGGCUUGUGCCUUAAUCGCAGGUAUCGGAUUGCCUUUGGCCUUGGAGCUGCGCAGCUCGAACCUACUCGAGGCCAGGCUGCGCGUCGUCAAGAAGAUCCUCUCCAAGACGCCGCUUAUCGACGGCCACAACAACUUCGCGUGGAACCUGCGCAAGCAGCGCGGCAGCACGCGUCUGCGGGACUUCCCCUUCGACGUUGACCUGUCGAAGAACGCCUCCUGGGGUCCGACCUGGCAGACCGAUCUGAUAAGACUGCGCCAGGGCAUAGUGGGCGCCCAGUUCUGGUCGGCCUACGUUCCCUGCGAAGCUCAGUUCCUCGACGCCGUCAAGCUCACCCUCGAGCAGAUCGACGUGGUGCGGAGACUGGUGGCCAAGUACGCCGAGAAGAUGAGGCUGGUGACGUCGAGCCGGGAACUGGAACAGGCCCACAAGGACGGGGUCAUCGCCAGUCUGGUGGGAAUCGAGGGCGGGCACAGCAUAGGCGCCAGUAUGGCCGUGCUCAGGAGCUUUUAUCACCUCGGCGCGAGGUACAUGACCCUCACCCACAAGUGCAACACGCCCUGGGCUGACUCGGCGAUAGCCGAAGACCCGGACAAGGACCUGGUAACGUUGGGCUUCUUCAGCGACGGCCUGACGAGUUUCGGCAAAGCUGUGGUGCGAGAACUCAACAGACUCGGGAUGUUGGUGGACCUGUCGCACGUCUCGGUCAGGACGAUGAGGGACGCGCUGGCGGUGUCGACCGCGCCCGUCGUCUUCUCGCACAGUGCCGCCAGGGCGCUUUGCAACUCCUCGAGCAACGUGCCCGACGACGUGCUCAGGAACCUGACCCUCAACGGCGGCCUCGUCAUGGUGAGCUUCGACAGCGCUCAUCUCAGCUGCGGAGAUAAGGCAUCAAUGCACGAUGUCAUAGCCCACAUCAACCACAUAAGAAAGAUCGCCGGAGUCGACCACGUGGGACUCGGGGCCGGAUACGACGGGAUAUCCAAUCCACCAACGGAGCUCCCGGACGUCUCGGGCUACCCUCUGCUUCUGGCCGAGUUGACCCGCGACCGACGUUGGCCCACUUCGGACAUCAAGAAGCUCGUCGGGGGCAACCUGCUGCGCGUCCUCAAGGAGGUCGAGCAUCACGCCUCGACUUUGGUCGACCAGACGCCCGCCGAGGAGUGGAUACCGCGUGAGCUGAUAGAGGACACCUCCUACUGCAGGUAUCUCGGCGUCUGAGGCGCUCUCCAUCUCGCUCCACGUAUACAUAUAACUCGAGGCUCGAUUUUCGCGUGGGAAGACGAGAAGAAGCUUGUUAUACGCGCGAGUGACGCAUCCGUUGGGGAUUUUCCUUUCGCGCAACUGUCUGUCCGUGUGUGUGUGUGUGUGUCAUAUAAUGAGGCCAUAAAUAUUAAUUUCCCUGGACGAGCGCGCGUCGCUCUGUGUAAAUAUAGAUAGAAUCGUUUGCGAGACGUCUCGAGCUUAUGUUAGUGGAAAUUUAGCGCAGAGCGAGACGGCCUCUUCUCUCGAUCUCCCCCGCCGUGAUGAUCCGGUUAUCGUUGUCGUAUAUUUAUUGUUCGAGGAAAGGAUCGUCGAGGGCCAAUAUUGUAGCAACUCGAAUGGAUGAUCGAGUGUAAAAAGUUCUGCAGAGGGAGAUUAUAGUAUGAAUUUGCAAUAAGAGAAUAAAUUUGUAAUGGUUAAUAAUUGUUCGCGAAUCUCGAGUGAGAUUACGUAGUGCUGUUCUUUUUUGUCUUUAAAUCUCUGAAUAAGGCUAAGGUACGAGUUUCCGAUGUCGGUGCGAUGAUGAUAUCAUUUACGUAUACUUUGAGUGGCUCGUUACGAUAUUAUACGAUAUAAAAAUAUCACACCACCGAAACUAAAAGUUGAUGAUUUUUAUAUGGAUUUUUCAAUAAGAGACGUGAACACGAAUUCCUAUACACAACUUGCGAAGCUCAUUUUCACGUAGAACGAAAUAGUCAUCGGACCUUUUUGUACUUGAAUUAAUACAUGUAUGCAACGGUUACGUUAUACUACUGGUUAUAUACUUAUACAUAAAUAACGAUGUAAUAGUAAAGUGCGCACAAUAAUAGCUUGUACAUUGAAGUAAAGGAUUAUAUUAAAAAAAUGGUUUGAUUACGCCUUAUACGCAGCAUUGCAGCUUGUCCUUCGAUUUUUCAAAAGAAAUAAAAAAACAGACAGCAUUUGUUACUACAAAACGUUUUCAUUUGUACUGCUGAGACGAACUGAUUUGUAUUUUCGUGUAAAUAAAGCAGCAGUACUCGAAACUCAA